AUGUUAAGAAAAGGUUGGAGUUUUGUUAAUAAAUAUUUACAAAAGGAUGAUUUGGAUGUUUAUUUAAAUCAUAACAAAGUAUCAAAAUUUCGAAAGAAAAAUGUGAAAGAUGGUAUUAAAAUUACAUAUCGUUGUUCGUCAUGUAAAAAAUAUUCAGAAUGUAGUUUCCAAGUUCGUGUAUUAUUUAAUUCUCAAAAUGAAAUAAUUGUGUCGACAAGUGAUACACAUAAUCAUAAAAAAAGAGCUGAUACAACUCGUGCUCCAAGUCCUGUUAAAAAACCGUGCACAGAAACAUCUCCAACUUCAAAUAAGUCUAACAAGAGAAUGACGGAUAGUGACUCUUCAAGCGAUUCGGAUGAUACUUCUCGUCGUAUCUUUUUCACACAAGGCUAUCAAUCGAAAAGUUCCAUCAGGCGUACACCUCGCGCGAGUGUCACAGAAUUAAAUAAACGUGCAGCCGGAAUACUUGAUAACAUAUCUAAAGUCAAUAAUCAACAUGCAGAACAAGAAAAGCAGUAUGACUGUGUUGCUGUUGGCUAUACAACAGAUCAUGAACUAAUUAUCAGUGGAAAUGUGAAACAACGUUUUGUGGAUCCAGCAAUAGGUCGAAAGCGAGAUGGAACCAGAUACGGUGAAAUGGGUUUCAGUGGCAGACUCAUUGAUCCGAUUAUUCAAGGACUCGCCGGGCUGAACAAAGACGGUGAUUUUAAAGUUCACAUUAUACAACAGCAACAGAAUCCAAAUGAAGUACCGACACCUGCUAUGAAUGCACGAGAUCAUGCUGAGAUGCAAAUCUUAGCGUAUGCACAACGGCAUGGCAUGAAAAUCGAUAAAAUCGGUGUAAGCAAACCUACAUGUGCAAAAUGCACAGAACAAUUGGAAAGUCAUGAUGUAGCAUUCAAGAAUGAUAGAGAUGGAAAUGACCAUCCAAAAAAUUGGGCUGAACCGAACAAAGUUACAGUUCGACCAUUGCAAACUAUAGAACGACAGCCAGUGCGAGUCAAAUUUGAUACUUAUCAUCAUAAUAUUCCUGAGACAAGACGUGAAGCACCUGCAUCUGUUCUGGAUAUCAUUGAAGACAUCGACAAAGAGCCUUGCGCGCAAGCCGGUACAUUCAAAACAUAUGCGGGCAAAUACAAAAAACCGAGAACGAGAAGAGUUGGAUAUUGCGCUGGUGCCAGCGUUGCAGAAGCAAGUGCCACAGCUGGAAUAUUCGGAGCUAGUGCUUCAGUGUUGUCAUCAUCGGCUCAUGUGGAAGGAGGUACGAAUUAUUCGGCUGGUAUCAAUGCAUCUGUUGCAAGAGCAGAAGCUCACGCUGGUCCUGUACAAGUUGGCGUUGGUUUGAAUUUCAACACAGGUGUAAGCGUCGGCGUGGAUGGUGUGCAUGCAUCUUUUCUCGGAAUGGGAUUUGAUAUUGGUCCCAAACUAUCAAUUCAAACGCCAAUUGCUGAUGUGAGUUGUACCAUCUCAUGA